AAGCUCUGCCUCCGGGAGUCGGGCUCCUCUCCUUUGGGCCACAGUGACCCUGGAGUGUGGCCGGGCGCCAUCGCAGUGCUCUGCGUGCAACCCGCUGGGGUACGUGAGGGGCGUGUCCGCGCCUGCCCCUCCCCCUGAACCUCUCUGCCCGCUAUUUUCCAGGGUUCUGCCUCUUUCCACUGGGUUUAGGACCUCCAGCCCGCUCAGGAUCAUGGCUACAGCAGACGUAUUGAACAUUGGCAAAAAACUCUAUGAGGGUAAAACAAAAGAAGUCUAUGAAUUAUUAGAUACUCCAGGAAAAGUCCUCCUGCAGUCCAAAGACCAGAUAACAGCAGGAAAUGCAGCCAGAAAGAAUCACCUGGAAGGAAAAGCUGCAAUCUCCAAUAAGAUUACCAGUUGUAUUUUUCAGCUGUUACAGGAAGCAGGUAUCAAAACGGCUUUCACCAGAAAAUGUGGAGAGACAGCUUUCAUUGCUCCCCAGUGUGAAAUGAUUCCAAUUGAAUGGGUUUGCAGAAGAAUAGCAACUGGUUCUUUUCUCAAAAGAAAUCCUGGUGUCAAGGAAGGAUUUAAGUUUUACCCACCUAAAGUGGAACUAUUUUUCAAGGAUGAUGCUAAUAAUGAUCCUCAAUGGUCUGAGGAACAGCUAAUUGCUGCAAAAUUUUGCUUUGCUGGACUUGUUAUAGGCCAAACUGAAGUGGAUAUCAUGAGUCAUGCUACACAAACUAUUUUUGAAAUACUGGAGAAAUCUUGGUUGACCCAGAACUGUACACUGGUUGAUAUGAAGAUUGAAUUUGGCGUUGAUGUGACCACCAAAGAAAUUGUUCUUGCUGAUGUUAUAGAUAAUGAUUCCUGGAGACUCUGGCCAUCGGGAGAUCGAAGCCAGCAGAAAGACAAACAGUCUUACCGUGACCUCAAGGAAGUAACCCCUGAAGGGCUCCAGAUGGUAAAGAAAAACUUUGAGUGGGUUGCAGAGAGAGUAGAGUUGCUUCUGAAAUCAGAAAGCCAGUGCAGGGUUGUAGUAUUGAUGGGAUCAACUUCUGAUCUUGGUCACUGUGAAAAAAUCAAGAAAGCUUGUGGAAAUUAUGGAAUUCCCUGUGAACUUCGAGUAACAUCUGCCCAUAAAGGCCCAGAUGAAACUUUUAGGAUUAAAGCUGAAUAUGAAGGGGAUGGCAUUCCAACUGUGUUUGUGGCAGUAGCAGGCAGAAGCAAUGGUUUAGGCCCAGUGAUGGCUGGUAACACUGCAUAUCCAGUGAUCAGCUGUCCUCCCCUCACGUCAGACUGGGGAGCUCAGGAUGUGUGGUCCUCUCUUCGACUACCCAGUGGUCUUGGCUGUUCCACCAUACUUUCUCCUGAAGGAUCAGCUCAGUUUGCUGCUCAGAUAUUUGGAUUAAACAAUCACUUGGUAUGGGCCAAACUGCGAGCAAGUAUAUUGAACACAUGGAUUUCCUUGAAGCAGGCUGACAAGAAAAUCAGAGAAUGUAAUUUCUAAAAAUGUUAUUGGGGGGGUGUACACAUUCUGGUUUAGCUGCAGAAAAAUAAGCAAAGUAGAAAAAAUAAUUUUGAAUCAGAAAAUUGAUACAUGAAUAAAUGCUUCUCUAGAUAACGUGGAUUAGAAUGUGUUUGUAUUUAAUAUUUCUCUAUAG